GAGGUGGAAGGUGGUGUGGGUGUGUAUGGGUGUGCAUGUAUGGGUGAUGGGAGAGGAGAAGGGAAAAAGACAGAUGAUGGAUGGUUUGAUUGGUCAGCCUUGUUGUGUAUUAGUCAGCAUUGUCAUCAUCGAUUGAAAGCUGGGGGGUGAAAUUUCUGAAGGCUGAUGGGUGAGUGAAGACUGAAGACGGAAUUUUACUGAUUGGCUUGGGGAGAGAGAGGGAGAGAGAGAGAGAGUACGUGCUAGAUAGAUACAUGCUCCGGAGAUUCGGAUUCGCAGGCGAGAGUAGAUGUGUAUGUGUAUGUAUAUGUAUAUGUAUAUGUAUAUGUAUAUGUAUAUAAAUAGAGAGCAACUAUGCGUAUAUACAAGAGGGAGAGAGGGAGCGAGAAAGAGAGAUAUGAAGUCUCCACUCACCUCCUCGACCUAGGUAUCUUUCCUCUCUCGAUGAAAAACACAUCCAUCAACCGCAGAUUCGAUAGAGAGAGGAGGAAUCCAUAUGGAAAAUAAACUACACAACACAACUGAACUUUAAUCUAAUAAAACUUAUAAAAAUGGCUUCACUUCCCAUGCAACUGAGAUUCCCAUCGUUCUCUUCCCACAAUUAGUCCUCUCCAGGGUGAAGAAAUCAAUCACAAACCGAACAAUCAAGCAAAACACACAACGAAGAGAGGAAUAUCAACUUUAUCAACUUGCAUCAUACAUAACCCCACCACCUAUUUCCACCCCCUUCAACCUUUGUUUUGAAACAAUCACUUAUUCUAAGAAUCAUCUCAACACAUCUACCAUUGACUCACAUCUUCCGUCCAUACCUUUGAUCCGCCAUCGUCAUUUAUAGAUACCUUCAAUCCUUCCUGCACAAUUCCAUCGACCCAUCGUGCCGAGCCUCUACCAGAAUCUCCCGCGACAAUCGCAAAAAAUUCAAAGGCAAACAUUUUCCACUUCCACCAUAGAGCAGUCCAUUUAUCUUCGAGUUUGGCGUCGCACAUCUAUCCUCUGCUUGAAGUCGCUAGGGAGGCUGCAGGUAGCCUCGACUUUGGACCCGUGAAUCGUUUGCUACGGCACCACAAUACCGCUGCUCGAUUUCCAUUUCUACUCAACAGCUCACUCCUCCACCUUCACCUGCCCUUCUACCUACUUCUACAACGACAGCUACACAUCCGGUAAAAUCACUUCCACGCCCAUUCCGCACACACGCCUCAUCGAAUGUAUUCUCCUCAUAUGUCUUCCACCAAUCCCAGAAAAAGAGCUGCACCGGGAGCCUCGUCUACUAUUCAAACACCGCAGAUGCAACAAACAUAUAAUGCAGGUACCCAGUUACCUAGUGCCGAAUUCUUGCGCUGGAAUCAAAACUCUGAUUCUCAGAAUUUCGCAGAUCCCACCGCGAGCAAUUACAUGAAUAUGUUUGGAGCGAAUGCCGGCCUACCGCAAACGACCACUGGCUUUGACCAUUCCAUUGCCGCGCAAACUCAUUCUACACAAUUGGCUCGCCGUCCGAAUGUGAAUAACAAUCGCCAACUGGUUGCGCCGCGGACGUACGACGGUUCGGCUGAUGCUUGGGGACCUUUUGACGAUUCGAUGAUGGAUUUACAGAAUGGGCAUGGGGUGAAUGGGGAAAACGAUGAUAUUGAAGCUUUGGAGGAAAAGGCUGCGAUUGCGAAAAGAGAUGCUCAGUCAAAGAGAAAACAGAUCCCACCAUUUGUGCAGAAGCUAAGCAGCUUCCUUGACGAAUCGAAGAAUACGGAACUUAUACGAUGGUCUGAUCGAGGUGAUUCGUUUGUGGUGUUGGAUGAAGAUGAGUUUGCGAAAACGUUGAUUCCGGAAUUGUUUAAGCACAAUAAUUAUGCCUCUUUCGUGCGACAACUUAACAUGUAUGGCUUCCACAAGAGAGUAGGACUUUCCGACAAUUCGAUGAAGGCGAGUGAGAGGAAAAAUAAGAGCCCGAGUGAAUAUUACAAUCCUUACUUCAAGCGUGGACAUCCAAAUCUUCUAUGGCUCAUUAAUAAACCGAAGGGUGGAACGAAUAAGAUUCGAAAGGAGGGGCCUAGAAGAGGAAAGGCUGAGGAGAUGGGAGAUGGGGAUAGUGAUGAUGAAGCAAGAGAUAUUGAAGAAUUUGGUCAGAGUAAUUACACCAACAAUGCCGCCACACAUCGAGCAAUAUCAGCCGCGCCGGAAUCUGGGCCAUUACAACGACGAGAGAUUGCAGUGGUCCAGGGCCAAAUCUCUGAUAUUCAAAAACAACAAAAUACCAUUUCACAAGCCAUUGCACGCCUGAGAAAGGAUCAUAAUCAACUCUAUCAACAAGCCAUCGCGUUUCAAAAUCUUCAUGAACGUCAUGAGAGUUCGAUCAAUGCUAUUCUCACAUUUCUUGCUACGGUUUACAACAGAAGUUUGGAUGGACAAGGAGCUGAAAAUAUUACUCGGAUGUUUCAAACUGGGUUAAAUCAACAAGGUCCACAUCAACAACAAGGCAAUGUUGUGGAUAUCGGUGAUCUUGGAACUCCUCAGCAGCAACAACCAGCUGGAAGUGUCAGUCCGGUCAUUCGUAAAACUCAAAAGUUAUUGACAGCAGGACCACCGGAACGAGAAAGUAGUCGAGUGACCGAGGCUUCAACCGCUAAUUCUAGUCCAAGGAAUCAGUAUUCUACUCCACGUUCCGGAACAGUUGAAGAGCUUUUCGAAUCUCCCAGUGAUAGUACGACAACGAAGACUGAACCGCAAAGAGAUAUGUUGAACAUUAUUCAAAACGCUAAUUCACAAAGUCGACCCGAGAAUAAUGUCAUGGACUUUCCGGAUAUGCUCACACAUUACGAAAACGCCAAUGGCAAUUCCCCGCUCACCUCGGAACAGCGCAGCAACAUGCUUAAUAUCAUUGCUAGCACUUCAUCAGCUCCAGGUUCCAACAAUGCACUGGUGAGCCCGGCACCUCAAGCUCCGGAUCUAGCACAAAUGGCCUACACUCAAGCUGAGAUUGAAAACUUGAUGGGGUUACAACAACAGCAGAGUGAUCGUAUCGCAAGUCUCUCUGCAAAUCUUACACCUCUCAGUCCUUCUGGUUCUAUUCCUGGUGUUCAAGGCGACUCAUAUUUUAAUGGUGCUGAAUCUAUUGAUCCUCAUAAUUCACAUCUGGAUUUAGAUAAAUUUUUCGACUCCCAGGCGUUUUAUAGUGGAGGUAGUCCCGGAAAUCCGAGUUUUAACUUUGAUGAUUUUGGUAAUGGGGUCGAUGGGAGUGGGUAUGGUGGUGGAGAAAGUCAUUUUGAUGUUGGUAUGGAUGGUGUGAAUGAUGGAAGUGUGAAUGGUAACGGAUCGAAUGGGAAUGGAGCGAGUAGGAUUGUGGAGACGGUAGCGAGUAGCGAGUCGACGAGUCCAGCGGAAGAUGCAAUGGGAGAUGGGAAUGGAAAUUCGAAUGGAAAUAGUAAUGUGAAUGACAACGCUAGUAAUAAGCGGAGGCGGAAGAUUUGAGGAUGGAAGAAUGAGUGGAUGAGAGAUAGUGCGAAAUGCGAAAAUUAUGGAUGGGAUAAGAUGUUAAGGCUGGUGUCAUAGGGCGUUUUUUCCAUGGAAAUGGAGUGGUUUAGGUGGAAUGGAUGGGUGGAUACUCUGAGUGGAUUGAUAGUUGCGGGCGGAUAUUGCGUUGGUCGAUUUUUACCUUUUUAGAUUCUGGCUUGUGGGGUUCUCUACAUGCUUAUUUUAGUUCAGGCCAUUUCUCUGUCGAGGUGAAAUGGAAUGGAACGGUAUUGCAUGAGAGAGAAGCGAGGAAAAGGAAAAGGGAGAAAGGAGAAAAUUCAUGUUCAUAUUCAUAUCAUACUAUUGGGGAUGGGGGUGGAUAUUUGAAUUUGAACAAUGCCAAAGGGAAGAUGGUAUGCUGCUAGCGGUAGUAGUGGUGAGGGGGAUUUUGGGGUGGAUGGGAGUUUCCUUUCCUUUAGGGAGAGAUGCGGGCAUAGCUUGCAUGCAUGCAUGCAUGGCGUUUUACCUUUUGUACCUUGGGGUUUUACUUUUAUCAAAUCUGAAGAUGUUUGAUUGAUCACAUAUCUCUUGCUUUGCUUGUCUUGUCUUUCGUUCUUUCGUUUUUGUUGCGGUCGUGAGGGAAGAUGGGGUGGGAUUGAUUGGUGGGAUGGAUGGAUGCAUGGACGCAUGAAUGGAUGGAAUGGGGAAUAGGGAAUUGUUAUGUAGAGGUUACUUGCUUGGCUACAUACAUACCUACCUACCUACCUAUCUAGUAACAAAACAAGGGAGAAAGAAAGAAAGAAAGAAAGAAAGUAAGAACCUGCUUGAGAAGUAAGUGAGUGUGAUGGUUUAUAUCAAUCAGUGUUGAUUAGUAUUAAAGAUUAGCAUUAAAGAUAUAUUGAUAUGAUAUUAAGAGAUCAACAGAUCACUAUUGAAUGAAGAAUAGAAAGAAUAUGAGUAGUGUAAAAGA